AUGAGUCCGAAUUCGGAAGAUCCCAGCUCUGCGAUCAACAUGUCCGCCGCGGCGCGUGCGAUGCUGGGCAAAGUCCACAAGCUGGUGCCUCCCAUGCUGGAGAGAUUCCACAAAGGUCAGCUUGGUCGAGUCGCCGUCAUCGGUGGCAGUGCAGACUACACGGGGGCCCCAUAUUUCUCCGCCAUGGCCUCUGCGCGGCUGGGUUGUGACAUGUCCUACGUCUUCUGCGAGCCUUCGGCUGCCCCGACCAUCAAGUCGUACUCGCCAAAUUUGAUGGUGUCCCCGAUCCUCAGGUCUACGGCCUCCAUAUCCCAGGCGCAGAAAGAGCAGGAUCCUUCGGGAGAGGAGCUCGCCAAACCAAUAUUGGAUAUGUUGCCCAGGUUGCAUGUGCUGGUCAUUGGGCCCGGUCUGGGUAGAGAUACCGUGACGCAAAAGCAGGUCAAGGCUGUCAUCGCCGCAGCUAAGAAACACAAUCCCCCCGUCCCUAUGGUGCUGGAUGCAGAUGCCCUCCUGCUAGUUCAGACAGAUCCGGACCUGAUCCGGGGCCACAAGGAAUGCAUUCUUACUCCCAAUGUGAUUGAGUUUGGACGUCUAGCCAAGUCCGUCGGCAUGGACCAGAACACUGGAGACCCCGAGAAGGCAUGCCAGGAGCUUUCCAAGAUACUCGGCGGAGUCUGCAUUAUUCAAAAGGGCCCAGUCGACUACAUCUCACAAGGUAUCGAUACCACUGUCUCCGAGUUCCAAGGUGGUCUGAAGCGCUCCGGUGGACAGGGUGAUACCUUGACGGGUUCGUUAGGCACGUUGCUGGCGUGGCGGGAAGCUUAUCACGAGAAGCUCUGGGACAUUGGGGAGGAGAUGAGUCGAGAGGAAACGCUUUUGUUGGCGGCGUUCGGCGGGAGCGCCAUCACGAGAGAGUGUUCGCGGAGAGCUUUCGUGAAGAAACAGAGAAGUUUGCAGGCAAGCGAUCUUACGGAAGAGGUGCAUGCAUCCUUUCUCACCCUCAUUGGGGAGCCUGGCCCGACGCAAGUGCCGAAACAAAAUCUAUAA